ACACGACAUAUUUAUCACACUGUACUUAAUAUAUGUAUCGCUUUUGUAGCAUAUCUAGUUUAAUGUAUAGUAGACGAUAAUAAGAAAACGUAAAUAAAAUAAUAAACCACUAAGAAUAAGUCUAUCAGACUUCUCUUAGUCGAUAAAAUAUCCUUUAUUUUGUAGAUAAAUAUAUCGAAUUUACAAUUAAUUAGUUUUUAUUAAUUAUUGCCGAUACUUUUCAUUAGUUUCACCUUUAAUUAUAGAAAUAGUUCUUCUUUAAUAAAUAAUUUAAAUAAUAUAAUAAAUAAUCAUUAUAUAUAUGUAUUUCGAAAUACAUUUUAGAAAGAAUAUAUUACAGUUUACAAAGUCCAAAAUUACCAAAGCAUUUUUAUAUAUUUUAUCAUAAUUUUUAAAUGACUGCAUGUUGUAUAUUAAAAUAAUUAAUAUGUAGCGAGAAUAGCCACCAGAUUUGUUAUUUUUAAUAAAUAAUUAAACUGCAGAUAAGAAGUAUUGCAAUAUCAUCAGUUCUUUUACACAUUUAUUGAAUUCCUUGUUGAUAAAAAGACAUACAAAUUGCUUGCAUAUGUAUUUAUAUAUAUAUCUAUACACAACAUACACACAUAUAUUUGAGCACAGAAUAUCAAAAUUGAAAUAUUUUGAUGCAAUAUAUAGAUCGAAAGGAUAUUGUUUCACUUGUUUUAUAUAGUAUAUAAUCUAACAAUAAAUAGAAAGUAUAUAAGACAGAAUAUGUCACGUGAGAUUCUUGAAAAAAUACCAACAAUGACAAACACUUCCCACAGAAUUUAGAAUUGGCAAUAAAGAAAAUUAUUCUAACACCGAGAUUAUUUUGAGUGCGAGUUUGUGUAAGGCGGGUAAAUAGAUAGAUGUAUAAACAGAGCGAUAAUACAUAAAUAGUUUUAUCUGGAAAUGAUAAAAACUAAUUUUAUGAUGAAAUUACCGUUCCUUUACCUCUUAUUAUCAUUAGCAUGAAGAAAUAGAUAUUUUUAAUGUACAAUAAAGUAUACCAAUACUUGCACCAUACACAUACAAGUUAGAAAGAAAAAUAAUAUGGAUAACAGAUUGAGUAUAAUCACACAACUAUAUAGCGUCUUAAAUCUCCUGUUAAGUGUUGCUUUUUCUUUAUCAUGCGAACACAUUGGGUAAUGUUUUGUCGCUUCGCAAUUGACGUCGUUUGUAAUCUCUUUUCCACUAUACGGAAACAAGGAUUUUUUUAAAUCAAACAUGCAUUUCACCGCGAACGCGAGCUGAUAUCGCGCGCGAAAGAGAAAUUGACGUUGAAAAAUGUGACGAGAAGUUUCUUGAUAACAUGUAUAUGUUAUAAACAGUAUAAUUUUGAAGAUAAAUCACAAUUAGAGCAAUAAAGCCGCGCGAUCUUGACUGAGAGAACUACAGUCCAGUUUGUGUCAAUAUCUUGCAGUCAUACACAAGCUGAUUCUGUGAAGCAUAGAAAAUGCUUCGUCUAGUGACAAACAAGUUAUCUAAAUGGAGUUUCAGAAAUAACCGAACAAUCACUACAUACAAUGGAAAAAACAUGACAAAGAAGAUUAACAUACCCAGUAAUGCAGAUGUUGUAAUAAUAGGUGGUGGCAGCGCUGGUUGCAAUGCGCUUUAUCAAUUAGGAAAACGCGGUAUCAAUGCUAUACUCUUGGAUAAAUCUAAACUUAUAUCUGGCACAACAUGGCAUACAGCAGGUCUCGUAUGGUGUUUACGCGGAGUAUGCGAUAUAGAAAUGGAGUUGCUAAAAGCUUCGAGAUUGCUUUAUGCAUCCUUGCAAGAAGAAACGGAUAUAAAUCCAGGAUGGAUAAAUAACGGUGGACUUCUUAUCGCGAAAUCUCCCGAGCGAGUGGCCGAAUACGAAAGAUUAAUUACUAGUUGUAAGAAUUUUGAUAUUGAUGCAUAUAUAAUUGAUCCAGCCGAAACGAAGAAAAAGUUUCCCUUGAUAGACGAGAAUGCAUUUCUAGCUGCGAUACAUUCUCCAGCAGAUGGUACUAUAGAUCCUGCCAUGUUAGUAAAUGCAUUGACAAAGUCAGCAGAAAAAAACGGUUGCAAGGUUAUCGAGGAUUGUCCAGUGACUAAAAUUCUCACAGAGAAUAACGAUGGCCAUAAAAUCGUUCAUGGAGUAGAAACGCCUUACGGUAUUAUAAAAACUAAUGUCGUAUUAAACGCUGCUGGAGCAUGGUCAGGAACGAUAGCACGAAUGGUAGGACUGGAUAUUCCAUUAAUACCGAUGAAACACGCAUACAUCGUCACUGAGCCGAUGAACGUACAAGGAUUGCCAAACAUCCGAGAUCCCGAUCGUAAUAUCUACUUUCGAGUGCAAGGUGGAACUAUGAGCAUCGGAGGUUACGAAUCAAAUCCUAUCAUAUUAAAAUCUGCACCAGAAGACUUCUCCUUUAGUUUGUACGAGCUGAAUUGGGAUGUAUUCAAUACACAUGUAGAAGCGAUGAACCAAUUGAUACCCGUUUUGGCAACCACAGGAAUAAGAACGACAGUGUGCGGUCCAGAAAGUUUCACUCCUGACCAUAGACCUAUCAUGGGUGAAGACCCACGCUGCACAGGUUUUUAUUACUCCUGUGGAUAUAAUAGCGCUGGGAUGAUGUUCGGAGGUGGUUGUGGAGAACAAGCAGCAUUAUGGAUAAUUAACGGACGACCAGACAAAUACAUGUUCAAUCACGAUAUUAGGCGAUUUAUACCAGAACAAAGAAAGAACUUAGUUUGGAUUAAUGAGCGAAGUCAUGAAGCUUAUGCAAAAAAUUAUGAGAUUAUGUUUCCACACGACGAACGUUUAAGUGGCAGAAAUUUAAAGACAGAUCCUUUUCAUAAUUUACUCAUCAAUGAAGGCGCCGUCAUGGAAGAACGGCAAGGAUGGGAACGUCCAGGAUGGUUCUUGCUAAAUAAUAAAACAGCCACAGCUUUACGUUAUGAUUAUGAUGGCUAUUAUGAUACGCCUAAAAAUACGAAUGAUAUAUAUGCCGAUAUAUUAAAAACGGAACGUACAUUCCAAUUUCCAUCACACGAUAAUAUCAUACGGGAGGAAGCGCUUUCAUGCAGAAAUAACGUUGCCUUAUUUAACAUGUCGUACUUCGGGAAAUUUUACAUAUGCGGCCCAGAAGCAAGAGAGGCAGUAGAUUAUAUAUUUACAUCUCAAGUAGAUCGAGAAAUCAACAAGACUGUUUACACUUGUAUGUUAAAUGGAAACGGAGGUGUGGAAGGUGAUUGCACGGUCACUGGUCUAGAAUCUGGCUUAGGUGGUAUAGUUGAUCCCAUAUUUAAAGGAAAAGCAUUUUACAUCGUGAGUGGAGGCAUGUCAUCGUAUCAUACCUGGGCACAUAUCAAUAAAGUAGUCAGAGAAAAAGAUUUCAGCGUCUCUGUGCAUAAUGUCACAGAACAGAUAGGAAUUUUAUCAGUUCAAGGUCCUAACAGCCGUCAAGUUCUUCAAAUAUUAGUUGAGGAUGAUCUCUCGAACAAAUCAUUUCCAUAUAGCACUUCAAAAUUAGUACGAAUAAAUGGUGAACUAGUGCACAUGUUUAGACUAAGUUUUGUGGGUGAACUUGGCUUUGAAUUACAUAUUCCAAGAAGUUCGUGUGAAAAGGUUUAUAAAGCUUUAAUGGAAUAUAGUAAGAAAUAUGAUAUGAAAUUAGCCGGUUAUAGAGCACUCUACAGUUUAAGUUGUGAAAAAGGGAAUCAUCUUUGGGGUGCAGACUUAAGAUUGGAUGACAAUCCAAUAGAAGCAGCUUUAGAAACUGUCUGUCGCAAGAAUGGCAAGUAUUUAGGUAAAGCAUCUGUCAAACGAUGUCGUGAAAAUGGAGUAAAAAAGAGACUGGUGCAUUUACACAUAAAUGAUGAUAUACCACUGUGGGGUAUGGAAAAUGUAUAUAGAAAUGAUCAAUUAGUUGGUUAUCUAAGAAGAGCUGAACAUGGAUAUACUUUUAAAAGCAGUAUUGGACAAGCAUAUAUCACAGCACCAAAUGGACAAAAUAUUACAAAGGAAUUUUUAGAAACGGGUACUUACCAGAUUGAAGCGAUGAGAAAAAGGUAUCCUGCAAGAAUGUAUCUUAAAAGUCCAUUCGAUCCACAUAAUAAGAGAAUAUUAGGUAUAUAUACAAUAUAAAAAUACUUUUUGGCAGCAUUAUUUUUUGUGAAUUUAAAACAUCUGUAAAAAGCAUAUAUAUGUAUAUUUUAAUCAUUACACUUAAUAUUUUGUGCAAAUAGAUUAUAUUUAUUUAAGGAAUUAAUAUAUAAAUUACUUAUGUCAUUACAAUAAAUAAUAAAAAUUAUUCAAAUACUCACAAAUUUAUCCCGCUAAUGGGUUAGCAUGUAUGGUUAUAUUGUUUAUCCUGAUUUCUGCAAGUGGUUUGAAAUUCUUAGG